AUGGAUUUCCUCCCACUGGAUGAUACAGGCCUCGUACCCCAGGUGGAUUUCAGGACGAUCGGAGAAGAUCUCUGGGUAGGUCUCAACGCCUCUUGUGACAAAAUCCCAUCGGAAGCCUCCGCUUACGUCGAUUACCAAAGUAAUCAGCGGGUAGCGGACGAGUUCAGGGAUAAAGGGCCGACAGGACUCAACUUGGAGAUGGAAUGGGCCUUGGACGCGGAUUGGUACGAUCCCGAGGCAAGCUGGCGCCCAUUUCUGCCUCUGCCCUCGGGAAUGGCCACAGAAUGGUACUAUCAAAUGGAUCAAGGUACCCCGUCCGACCCAGAGUCGAUCUCGCCUCAAUACACCAUCUUCCCGCCGUUGUUAUCGGAGAUGGAGAAGGACCUUCAUCGGUUCGAGUCAUACGUAGUAGCCAUAGCUAAGUCAUCUAUUUUCCCAGCUAGAGCGGCAAGGCCAGGCCUUUACGACUUUGAGCAGCUGAAAGGGCCCUUCGACUCAAUCCGGUCCCUCGAGAACUUUGGCGCCAACGUGAAAAGACAGGCCUUGGACUACCUCAGUUUCCUUGCUUGGUGGACGUUGUCUGCUUCCGGUUGGGAUGUCUACCUCCCGCAGGACACAGUCGACAGCAUCAUGGACUUAGGCCUCGACGACCGUCCCAAGAGAGGCGUCCUCCUCGAUUUGGACAGGGACUGGAAACAGAUGAGUAUUCCACACUUACUCCGUCACCGAGUUCCAGUCUUUUACAGAUGGAACGAGUCUCUCCAAUCAAACAACCGCUUCCUCUCCCUAUCCCCUUACAUACUCCGAGCAUUCGACAAACGCAGGAAAGCCACACCGAGCGAACGGGUUUUCGCCAUCGACCUGCCGGAAUUUACGAACGACUUCGAGGUCAUGAAAGACUAUGACGAAUUCUUCCAACGCCGAGUCUUUCAUAACGAACCCUCGCCGGACCUCGAAUUUAGGGCGGAUUGGCAUUACGCGGUAGUGGAUUUCCAGGGUUGGAUGUACCGACCAAUCGACUUGGAGACAGCCAAAGAAUUGGCAAGGCGUUUCGGAUCUCACGUUGUCAGGCGCGAGAACAGGACUUCCGUUAUCUUCAGGCGAUGGGAGGCUUUUCAGUUCGACGACACUAUCGCAGAACCAGCAGGGCUCGCUGAGGCGUACGUCGACAGGGAUCCCAUGAGGGGCAACAUCGAAAUCCGAGAGAUUCAUAAAUCCUUCUUCGCGCCAGUUCAGAACCAGAAGUUUGACUUGAACGGAUUUCCAGACUAUGGCCCCCUACCAGGAAACAACCUCUUGCGUCCUACUAGACCUAGGAGCUGGGUUGAAGCUAUGUCAUCAGCAGGCCAUACUUCGAGCAGAAGCAGCUCGUCUGGCCCUAGUCGCCGUCAAUCCUCGUCGAAGAAUUUGAACAGAUCCAGUCCAUAUCCCAGACCCCGAUCAUCCUCGCCGUCGUUCAGAGCUACUUACCAACAUAGGGACGAGUCGUCACCAGAAACCACGAAGGAACAGUUCAUCCGUCGCCUCCGCGUUCAGGGUAACAUCGUCGGGACGGCAUCAUUGUGGCUAUCUCCCGUUGAAGCUGAAUGGAACCCCUUGUUCCUUGAGGAAGGCGUACUCUUAUUUCCAGACAAUAGGACACAAAUCAGGGUCAGGUAUUGGACCAUAUGCGGGUCCCCCUCAAUUCGUAUGCGCCAGGUAUUGGAUUUCGCCAUAAGCAGAGGAAUGAAGUUCCUCAUCGCCAUACCCUUCGACGCCCUUCCCCACUUCCACCAGCUUGAGAAACAGAACAUGGCGAGCCUCACGAAACGGACAUAUGACACGGGAUUCCAAGAAAGCCCGUUGACAUAUAGCAAGGGAGGAUCCGCUUUUAUGGAUCAGUAUCUCGGGAAGCUAGCAGACAUCUUACGUCGGCCACACGCGAGAGCAGUAAUCGCGAUGGGCGGGCCAACGAGUUGGAUUGCGCGCUUCUAUGGAGGGAGUCGUUUAGUGGAAGAAUACAUGAGCGGACCGUCCAGUCAGGUUACAGUUCACCACAGAGGCGGAGUGACGGUCGCCCCUUUCCUGGACAUGCCGGUGUUCCACGAUCAACUAUCCAAGCAAGAAAUUGAGCUCAUUCAUGGAUAUAUUCCCCUCGGGAAUCCUAAUGAAGACCGAUGGGCGUUCCCGACCAGCGAGCUCCUGGAAGAAUUCUCCAACCACUGGCGAGGAGAAUGGAACCAAGGUUGCGAACGGAUCAUGGGCAAUAUAGCCCGUGCAUUGGAAUCAGGAGCCUUGGCUCCUCUUACUAGGCGGGAAUGGAGGGAGUACCUACGGAACAAUAACAGAGGCGAACAUGCUCCAUCACCCGGCUCUAUCCCCAAGGAUUCUGAUUUCGCUUUCGUCGAGAACGCUAUCGAUAGCUCCUACCCUGUACGUUGGCACGGUCGUCGCAUCAGAGACAUCUUCCUGCCUGAAGAUUUUGAGGUUUCAUCGAGCGGAAACUAG